UUUUUCUUUCACCAACUACUCGACAGACAAGAAGCCAUUGGAAGCGGCGAGAAAGUUACUUUUUAAUACAGUUUUCGUUUAAAAAAUAAGGAAAAGAUUUGGUUGUACUUUUUUGGUCUUAAUUCUCAGUGACUUUUGGAUUACGCAGUUUAAGUGAUUAGAGGGCCAUUGAAAUUUGCGGACGAUGGAUAGUGAAGAAAUACUCUCUAUACAAUAUAAUCAAGAUGUAUAUAACAAAAUAGAAGACAUAUCUAGACACAUUUCUCAAACAAUUGAGUUUUGUAAACAAAAAGCUGGCGAACUCAAGUCUCAGGACGAUUCUUACACUCAUGUUAAGUUUUUUACUUACUUAAAUGGAUUACUAAAACAACACUCGGAUGAUCUUAUUUCUGCAGUAGAAAAGAAAAAAUCAUACCUUUUGGUGAGAAAUCAGGAAGGACUGCCUAUUGUGGACAUUCACGAGGAAGUUGAUGAAGAUGGCAAUGUAAUAAAAUCGAAUGUAAAGCCUCAAAGGAUUUCUUCCGUUACAGAUUAUGCUGAUGUGAUACGAAGUUUGCCAGGAUUUCAAAAUCCUAAAGAAAAAGCUACAACGCCUUCGAAGCCUUCUGCAACUGAACUACCGGAAACAAGGAUUGAGGAAUUGCCAGCAGAAGCGGCUGCAGCUACUGGAUCGCUGGAUUCUGAUGAACAAAUUACCAAAAAGAACAAUACAGAAUUCCAAGAUAGAGAAAAUGCAUCCCAAUAUAUACAGCAAACUCAGUCGGAUUAUGUCAAAGAGAAAGCAUCUACCAUAGAAAACAAAACCGACCUUACAUCGAAAAAGAUAGAAGAAAAGGAACCAGAAAAAAAGCUAGAUGAAAAGAAAAAUAAAAAGUCUGUCUUCAAAAAGGGGUUUCUCUCUAACCCUAAAAACGGAUCUCAAAAUCGUUCUACAAAGGCUAAACACGAAGAAGAAUCCAAAAAGCAAAGUCAAAGAGAAGAAAAGAAGCGUAUAGAUGUCACCGAUAAUAACGCUGUAAAGGAAGUGGUUAUGGAAAAAUCUCCUCAAGAAUCGAAUAGUCAAAAACAGUUAAAAUCAGAGUCACCCAUUAAAUCCAAACCCCCUAAAAAACUGUCCAAGUUUAAAGAAGCGAAGCUCCAGAGAAGUUCACCAGGAAGAUAUACACAUUCGGAGGUUGCUGAAAACGAAUCCACAAGGUCAGAAACAGAUGGUACAAAUGGUGCUGAGCCUACUAAAAAAGUUGAUAGUUUACAUGAAGAAGAUAAAUAUAAGGAAGUAGAGGGUGCUUUAAAGCAAGUUCCAACAUCUACUGAAGAUAGCAUUGCCGCGGAACCUAAUGACGAAGAUCCGGUUUUAUUGCCCGUACCAACGGAUGCCAAUGGAGAAAGUAUAAUGCAUGCCGUUCAAUAUGACGGAUUAAAUUCUUUAGACGACAUGGAGCAGCUCCUUCAAGAUAUGGAAGAAGCCGGUGAAUUGCAGUCUGACGCAGAGUCAGGUUCAGAUGAAGACGAGCAUGGUAUGAGUUUAAAUUUUUCUCGAAAUUUAAUACCUCCUCCAAAUCCAAAUUAUUUUGGUGAAAAUGAAUCAUUAGCUCCAAAAGUUGCUUCUGGAUCAAACGAGCAUAAAGAGAAUGCUUUAUCCACAAAAGAAACGCAACCUUCUGAAAAGCAUGUGCAUUUUUCUGACACGUUAGAAAUUAAACAUGUUAGCAGAAAUGGAAAAGCACGCAUCGAGAAUGUACCUACUCCUACAGAGGAAUAUGACAACAUGUUUGAGCCUCAUGAAUAUUGCAGCCGCAUAUCAGCGUUUCGCAAGGCGCGAAGCAAAAUAAAAUCUGAACACAAGGAUAAAGAUUUCGAGUCUCCUAUAGAAACACACAAGGGAGACAAAAGACUACUCGAUCAUGACACUAUUGUGGAGCGCUCUUCUGAUAAUCCACCAACAAAAUCCGAUCCUGAAGAAAAACUUUCCGAUGAGCAAAACGAAGAAAAUUUAGUGGAGAAGUACCUGAACGAAGUCCCUACGGUGAAAUCUACCGUUGUUGAAAGGCAACCUGCAAGAAGUGUAGAGCAAGCGAAAGAGGAUUUUGAGGAUCAUCAGGAUUUCGUAAAGGAUAAAAGAGAAAUCUCUCAACGAUAUUACGAACUCCGGCGAAAGCUAGUUAACCCAGAAACUGAAGACACUGAAGAGGAAGGUGUUGUACCGGUGGACGAAAAUGGGAACGAGCAACCAAAAUUAAGUAAAUUUAUGGCCGCUCGACUGGGUGGUAAAUUAUGAGGAAAUUAAUAAUGAAAGCAUUUAUUACGGACUUUUGGAUUAUAGAUUUAGAUUUUGUUAGUUAUCUCAAUAUAAUACUCUUGUAACUGA